CUCCUCUCGAGGAACAAAGACUUCGUAACCCAACACGAUCAUCCCUCAACUCCCUCGUUCCCCUUCUACUUUACUAUCCUCCCAAUCAUGGCCGACAGACCUGCAUCCACCCCCAGCGCGGGUGCCGCAGAGGAUCCCAACGCAGCAGCUGCUUUGAGCUACGAGCAGCAGUACGCCCAAUACGCAGAGGCUCAAGCUGCCUAUGAUGCUUACUACGGCCCAGGAGCAUCCGCUGCCUAUGCCGCUGCUGUGGCUGCAGGAACCGCUCCAGCUAGUGAUCCCAAUGCUGCCUAUGGUGCCCCUGCUGCUCCUACUGGCGUCGGUGCUGGCGCUGGUUAUGGUUCUGGCGCACAAGGAGAACACGACCAUAGCAGAGGAAGUGGAGAUGCCAGCAGGGCAGACUAUGACUCUUCUCGUUCUGGAUAUGGAGAUUCAAGAGGGGGAUAUUCAUCUGCCCCUUAUGGCUCUGGAUUUUCGUCGCGUGAUGGAGCCGGCUACGGCCAUUCCUCGAGCGACCGUGAUGGAGGCCGCGACUCUGGGCGAGACUCUGGACGGGAUUCUGGACGGGAUUCUGGCCGCGGUGGCUAUGGCGAUCGCGACGAGAGAUCUGGAUCGUCCUAUGGUGGAGAUCGCCAUGGAUCGUCAUCGCAGCAUGGAGGUGGUGGAUAUGGCGGAAAUCCAGAUGAACCCCAGGUUCAGAAGAGCUCAGAUACCGUGUACAUCAGCGGCCUGGGAACAGAUAUGUCAGAGAAGGACUUGUCAGCGAAGCUGGAUGAACUGUUCUCAUCCAUUGGACGCAUCAAGAUUGACAAGAGAACAAUGACACCUAAGAUUCGCAUUUACGUAGAUAGUGCUACAGGCAUACCUAAAGGAGAUGCCACCAUCACGUACGAAGAUCCAUACACCACCGAUGCGGCUAUCAAAUGGUUCAACGGCAAAGACUUUCACGGCCACACCAUCAAAGUGGAGAUGUCGGAACAAAAAGUAUGGGCUGGUGGAUUCAGCGGCCGUGGCCGCGGACGU